CGUAAAGUCCGUCCUCCGCACUCCCCAGAUUGCGACGCAGCGCAUCCAUUGCGCUUUCAACAGUCACAAUGGCCAUCGACGCGAUGGAGAUCGACUCACAAGUUGCCUCCCCGGCAGCGAAUCGCUCGCCGGAGAAGGAGCGCAAACGCAAGCACAAGGACACUUCAUCCCCCUCGAAGAAGAAGCGCAAGCACACGGUCACCGACGAAGAAGCGACCCCGAUGCCCAUACGCGAGAAGAAAAGCAGCAGCAGCAGCAGCAGCAGCAAGAAGUCAACAACCAAGAGUCAAAAGAAGUCCACGAUCACUACGCCUGCCGAAGGUUCCCCCUACACCCUCACCACCGCAACCCUCUACCUCCCGCUAUCGCCCAUCUCCAUCUCUCCGACCCACGCGCAGGCCUCGCUGAUGGCGGAGCACCUGUCCCCGCUGCUCCUGACCUACUACCCGCCGCUCGAGGGUAUCGUGCUGGCCUACUCCAACGUGACGAUCUCCAGCACGCCGCCCAACAGCCCGGAGUCCGCCGCGGCGGGCGCGGCCACCGAAGACCACCCGCAACCCCUCACCCUGGCGCGCACCGCCGGCGAAUACGGAGUCCUCUACGUCUACCUCACGGCGACCUUCCUGGUCUUCCGCCCGCAGCGCGGUCAGCUCCUGGAGGGGUGGGUCAACGUACAGUCGGAGGGGUUCCUGGGCGCGAUCGCCCUGAACCUCUUCUCCGUGGGUAUCGAACGGAAACGCCUCCCCUCCAACUGGAAGUGGAUUCCUCCAGGCGACGAACACGAGGACGAAUCCACCACCACCACAACCGCGAAGAAAACCCCCAACGACGAAACCAACCCAUCCACCACCAACUCAGACGACUCCGACUCGGACACCUCGGAAGCCGAUCCCAAGCCCCAAUUCGACCCGGAACUCGAACACUUCAGCCCCGUCACCCUCGCCUCCGACGCCAACCCGCUCAACCCCUCCAACUCGAACCCGGACAUCUCCACCACCAACGACCUCAACAAUACCAACGAAGACGACGAUGACGGGGCAGAGGGCUACUUCCAGUCGGUGUCGGGCCACCGCGUGCGUGGCACGAUCAAGUUCCGGGUGGUCGACAUCGACGUGAUCCCGGGCUCGGAACGGGACCGGGCGUUCAUCAGCAUCGAGGGCACGAUACUCAGUCCCGAGGAGGAAGCGCGGGUGCUGGAGGACGAGCGGAACGGGAUCCUCUCCACCGGGCUGGGCGGUAGUGGCAUGGGCACCCCGCGCCGCCAGGCGAGCGUCGACGCGCCGCCCUCGGUCUCGUUCACCGUCCCGCUCAGCACCGCUCCCGCGGAUCGGGUGGAUGAGCUCCGGGACGACGACGUCGUCGUCGUCGUCGACGAUGAUGCCAAAAAGGCCGAAGAUACUGCUGCUACACCCACAAAAACCAAGCCCAAGAAGGAGAAGAAGAGCAAGUCCUCCUCCUCCUCCGUUAAAAAGGAAAAGAAAGAGAAGAAGGAGAAGAAGUCCAAGGACUAGGUGACUUCACUCAAUGAUUGUCAUCCCGUUUGCUUCCCCUUUGCAUGUGUGUGUGUGUGAGUGGGUGUAUCCAACGAGGGGCUGCAGCAUAAUUCGUGGUAGAAAGAAAAAACGAAGGAGUCGAAUCCGAGCUCAGCGCCAUAUGCAAGCGCACCGCUUCCCUUUGGCUCCCAACGGGCCAGAGAUGGAAUCAUGUUAAUAUUGUGGUCUGUUUCUUUUUCUGUUUGCUUUCUCUGUUCACGUUAUACAUCUCAUCUGCUUGCCUUGAUGCUCACCUUUGCUGUAUCUCUUGCCCGGCGUUAGAUG